AUGGGUGGUACAAGUACUAAGAUCUUCAAGAAAGGUGCAUCUGCGUUUUCAUCUGUGACGGGAACUGGCAAUGAAGACGACUAUCAACCAAGCAACUUUGAGAGAACAUUUAAAGGCAGUCCAUUUGUCUUGAUCCGUCAUGGAUCAAUGUACUUUGAUGAAGACGGUGACUUGGCUCACGAAUUUUAUGUUGAGGUAUUACCACAAGGAAAGCGGGGCAAGCCCACUAUGAGACGAGUUACCGAAUCCUUGCAGCCAGAAGGAAUUGUUCCUCUCCCAUACCCUAGGCUCCACGUAGAUUAUCCUGCAGUGAUUUAUCAAGGAGACUAUUAG